UUAAAAAACCUAAGUCAUAAAAUCAUUAAAAAAAUUAAAAUAUAUGUUUGUCUGCAUUAAAACUCAUUAUUUUAUGGAUAGAGGAUUUCAAACGUGAUUUAACUAGUUUAGAUUAAUACUACCAAACGAUUUGGAGAAUCAUGUUGCUAAUUAAGCCCCUAAUGUGGGUGAAGUUAGAAAAUGUGGGGCCAAAAUCCAAAUUAGACAGAAUUUUGGCGCGUUAUCUUAAUGGAAAGCAAGCAUUUUUAUAAAAAGGCCUCUUCUUCUUCUUCUUCUUCUUCUUCUUUGACAUUUUUCAUUGGAUCGUCAGCUCCGCCACUUGAAUUUCGACGCAAAAUCUCAAACACAGACAAGACAACCGAUGGGGUGCGUUUUUUAAGGAUCUUUUCCCUUUUACUUGUUCAACAGAACGAACUUCUCGCUCUUUCCUCGUUUUCCUUCUUUGGGUAUUUCUUUUCCUUUUCCUUCAUUUUCCCUUUCCUCUUUUCCUUCAUCUUCGUUCUAUCCAAACAUGACCUCCUCCUCCAUAAGAAUGAACCCUUAUGUUUCCUCGUGUUAUUGCUUCAGUGAUAGAAGCCAUUAUCCUAACACUGAAAAGAUUCAAGUUAAGUUUCCCAGAGUAAAUAAAUCAAAAUUGUUAUGUAAAUCUGCUUCUGAUAAGAUAUUCGCUGUUUCUUCGUGUUCAACGACGAUUGAAACUCGGUCAGAAACCUCCUAUGAAGGAGUUUCGGACAAGAUUCAACUCUUGGUUUCAGAAUUCAAGUCUUUAACCGAGCCUAUCGAUCGCGUAAGACGGCUGUUACAUUACGCAGCGAUGCUUGCUCCUUUGGACGAGUCGGCUCGGGUGCCGGAGAAUCGGGUCAACGGUUGCACCACUCAGGUGUGGCUCGACGCCAGAAUAGACCAAAAUGGAAAGGUAAGGUUCCGAGCCGACAGUGAUUCGGAGAUUACGAAAGGGUUCUGUUCGUGUCUCAUAUGGAUGAUGGACGGUGCGGAUCCCGAAGAAGUUGUGGAAGUGAGGGCGGAGGAUUUGGUGGAGUUAAACGUCGGUGUCCAUGGGAAGGCCCAGUCGAGAGUGAACACGUGGCAGAACGUCCUGAUCAGUAUGCGGGAUAGAACGGAGGGUUUGAUGUUGGAGAGACAGAGGGAGCUGCCUCCGGCCUCCGCCUCCGUUUCCUACAUUAUAAAGCUCUGAUGGAAAGUUAGACAAGCAUUUAGGUUGUGCUUGGUUUCUGUGUCUUUGUUUAUGGUAAUUCCAGGGUGUGUACAUGAAAUUAAAGUAGGUUGUUUAGUACUAUGAUUUAUAUGCACAUGAAUGUUAGUUGGGCUAGGAUUAUGAAUGACGAUGGAGUUGUUUGGAAAUCCCAAUAAAAGGAUAUAUUAUGCAAAAAGAAAUGGUGGGUCAAUAGCCAAAUGACCAACCAAUGUACUGGACAAGUCUGCUAGAAGGGAGCGUUUUGGAACAAAUAUGGGAAAAAGAAUCUCUUUUGGCUUAUUCUCAUCAUCUUCUAUAUAUCUUUCCAGGAUUUAAUUGCUUA